UCUGUCCUUCCUCUCCACAGACACAUAGAGAACUGGAAGAACUUGCAGACGCUGAAUGCUGUAGACAUGGAGCUGUACACCGGACUCCAGAGGCUGACAAUCAGGAACUCAGGGCUACGAAACAUCCAGCCGCGGGCGUUUGCGAAGAACCCCCACCUGCGCUACAUAGACCUCUCCGGUAACCGGCUCACCACACUGUCAUGGCAACUCUUCCAGACACUGAGACUCUUUGAACUGAGACUAGAGAAGAACCUUUUUAACUGCAGCUGCGACAUCCGCUGGAUCCAGCUGUGGCAGGAGAAGGGCGAGGCCACCCUGCAGUACCAGGAGCUGUACUGCAUGACCGUGGACGCGGCCAUCAUCCCCUUGCACGAGAUGAACAUCACGCAGUGCGACCUCCCCGAGAUCAGCGUGAGCCACGUGAACCUGACCGUGCGGGAAGGGGAGAACGCUGUGAUCACCUGCAAUGGCUCAGGCUCGCCGCUGCCCGACGUGGACUGGACCGUCGCGGACCUCCACUCCAUUAACACUCACCAGACGAACCUCAACUGGACCAAUGUUCAUGCCAUCAAUCUGACCUUGGUGAAUGUCACCAGUGAGGACAACGGGUUCCUGCUCACCUGCAUUGCUGAGAACGUGGUGGGCAUGAGCAAUGCCAGUGUGCUGCUCACUGUCUACUAUCCCCCUCGUAUCCUAACCCUGGAGGAGCCGGUGCUACACCUGGAGCACUGCAUUGCCUUUGCGGUGCACGGGAACCCAGCUCCCACCCUUCACUGGCUGCACAAUGGCCAGGUCCUCCGGGAGACGGAGAUCAUCCACAUGGAGUUCUACCAACAAGGGGAAGUGUCGGAGGGUUGUCUGCUCUUCAACAAACCCACUCACUACAACAAUGGCAACUAUACAAUUGUGGCCACCAACCAGCUGGGCUCAGCCAACCAAACCAUCAAAGGACACUUCCUUGAAAAGCCCUUUCCAGAGAGUACGGAUAACUUUGUCUCAAUUGGUGAUUAUGAAGUGAGUCCCACGCCACCGAUCACUGUCACCCACAAACCAGAGGAGGACACUUUUGGGGUUUCCAUAGCGGUUGGGCUGGCAGCUUUUGCCUGUGUCCUCUUGGUGGUCCUCUUUAUUAUGAUCAACAAGUAUGGCCGGCGGUCCAAGUUUGGGAUGAAAGGUCCUGUGGCAGUGAUCAGCGGCGAGGAGGAUUCUGCCAGUCCCCUGCACCACAUCAACCACGGCAUCACGACGCCCUCAUCCCUGGACGCUGGCCCGGACACGGUGGUGAUUGGCAUGACCCGUAUUCCUGUCAUCGAGAACCCCCAGUACUUCCGACAAGGUCACAACUGCCACAAGCCAGACACGUAUGUCCAGCAUAUAAAGAGGAGAGACAUCGUUUUGAAGAGGGAGCUGGGAGAAGGUGCCUUUGGGAAGGUGUUCUUGGCCGAGUGUUACAACCUCAGCCCCACCAACGACAAAAUGCUGGUGGCAGUGAAGGCACUGAAAGACCCCACCUUGGCAGCCCGUAAGGACUUCCAGAGGGAGGCAGAGCUGCUCACCAACCUGCAGCAUGAGCACAUUGUCAAGUUCUAUGGCGUAUGUGGUGAUGGUGACCCACUCAUCAUGGUCUUUGAAUACAUGAAGCAUGGGGACCUGAAUAAGUUCCUGAGGGCACAUGGCCCAGAUGCUAUGAUCCUCGUGGAUGGGCAGCCUCGACAAGCCAAAGGGGAGCUAGGGCUAUCCCAGAUGCUCCACAUCGCUAGCCAGAUCGCCUCUGGAAUGGUGUACCUUGCCUCCCAGCACUUUGUCCAUAGAGACCUGGCAACCAGGAACUGCUUGGUUGGAGCCAACCUACUGGUGAAGAUUGGAGACUUUGGGAUGUCAAGAGAUGUCUACAGCACUGAUUACUACAGGGUUGGCGGACACACCAUGCUGCCCAUCCGCUGGAUGCCUCCGGAGAGCAUCAUGUACAGGAAGUUCACCACGGAGAGUGACGUCUGGAGCUUCGGGGUGAUCCUCUGGGAGAUCUUCACCUAUGGGAAGCAGCCCUGGUUUCAGCUCUCAAACACAGAGGUCAUUGAGUGCAUUACCCAAGGCCGAGUUUUGGAAAGGCCUCGAGUCUGCCCCAAGGAGGUUUACGACAUCAUGUUGGGCUGCUGGCAGAGGGAACCUCAGCAACGGCUCAACAUCAAGGAGAUCUACAAGAUCCUUCAUGCUCUGGGCAAGGCCACACCAAUCUACCUGGACAUCCUUGGCUAGCCAUGGCCACUUGUCAAGAGUCCUUGAUCCUUCCUUCCAUCCUUCCUUCCCUCGCCCCCUUCCAAGUGCCCUGCCCCUCAGCUCCCAAGCAAACAUUGUCAUAUAAACUCAAGUGCCUGCUACACAAACAACACUGAAAAACAAAACAAAAGUCAAACCAACAAAAAAACCCCACAAAACAAUGACCUGUAAGGCAGUUUGGCUUAUAUAUAUAUAUAUUUAUAGAUAUCCCUCUAUAUAUAACUUCUACGCCAAUACAGAAAGAAGCUGCUGUUACAGAAAUUAUGACUGAAAAAAAAAAGGAAAAAAAAAAAGGGAGAGAAAAACUACUUUAAAAGAUUUAUAUAAUUAAAA